CAAGGAUGAAUCUAAAAGCUGCAGGACAGUAGCUCUCGAGGACUAGGAUUGGGCACCCCUGCCAUAGGAGAUCAACCAUGCUUUCCCUCUUUGCGUGACAGAAAACGUGGUUGAAGACAAUAUCUUGGGAGCAUUUCCCCAAUUUCGAGAAAGUUGCUAUUUUCUGGUUGGCGUUAUUUUGGUGCUGGUGGAAUUGGUAUACAAGUACCCACCACAGGCUAUUAAAAAUUGGCCCAGAUGAACUGCUCUUCCACUCCACCUGACAUCAACCUUUUGGUCAUCUUUUUCUUAGGUCUGGCGUGGUUGGAAUGGAGGCGGAGUCAACUGGGUCCGCUCUCCCUGCCCAGUGCGCGCUCCCGACGCAGAUAAAUUCUAUCGAGACGAACUACUUGGCAUUACACCUGUCCUACUUGUUCUCGCAGACCAGGUGUGUGUCGGUCUCACCUGUCUGACUCUGUAAAUGAUGGAGGAGCUGGUCGGGGUCGGCGCCGUGACACUGCUCGGCGUCCUGGAGCAAGCCUAUUUCUCUCUCCAGGUAAUUUAUGCCAGGAGGAAGUAUUCAGUGUCUCCACCUGCCACAUCUGGACCACCAGAAUUUGAGAGGGUCUUCAGAGCUCAAGCAAACUGCUCAGAGUACUUCCCCAUCUUCAUCACCGUGCUGUGGCUAUCUGGAGUGUUCUUCAGCCAAGGUCUGUCUUCAGUCUGUGGUUUGCUUUAUUUAUACGGACGGUUCAAUUACUUUCAAGGAUAUUCUGAGUCUGCACAGGGACGUCUGGCUCCACUUUACUUCAGUGCUAAGAUUCUCUGGAUUCUCAUCGGGUUCUCGGCUGUUGGCAUUUUCCUCACGUUCUGCCGAGUUUACCUGAACGUGGACCUGCUACAGGAACUCUGCUCCAUCCUCGGGCUGUUUUGACCGAGGAGGAUAAGAAGUGACAAAAGGGAGGAGAGGUUGUCUUCUACUCUGAUCUUCAUCUCUGUAUUUCUCAUACAGUUUGUUAAAUAUUCUGUUAUCAACCUGAAAGUGGGGAAUAAAGAGAGAGAUGAUGUA